CCGGCCUUGUCCCCGGCCUUGUUCUGCCUGGUUGAGACACACCUUUGUACUCUCGCUACCGUCCUGCGACUCUCCGCCGUUGUUUCUCGCAGUCGACGAGUAACUUAUUUGAGCGGCCUACUUGACUUCGUGACGAUCCUUCGCGCUUGGCGGUACCGCGUUUGCUCGUUAUCACGCCUUGCCACGCUCGGCAGGCAUGCCCGCACCCAAAGCCUCCUUACUCUUCCACCCCAAGAAGAAGAAGCCUACAGCGGGCAAACCCACGAAUGGAGUUAUUGUCAACUCCCCUCCGAAGCCCGUGACGAGGCCGCCGCCACGGCCCAAACCGCAGGAGAACGACGAGCUCGACAGUCGCGCGCAGCUCCCGACCAGCCCGUUCACCGACUACAAACUGGUAUCCACUACGCUCGAAGGAUGGAAGUACGAUGUGAUGAAGCUCGAGUCGCGCAAACCCGUGAAGCUCGAGGAGUGGCCGCGACCCGUGAAGCUCAACCGCAAGGAACCACGACGGGGCGAUGACUCGGCGGGGCCCUCCCCGCAGGUUCCGGUUCAAGCUAUGCUGGGCCCGGAUGGCAAGCCCGUGAUCGGCGCUGAUGGGCGGAUCGUCAUGCUUGACGCCGAUGGGCGGCCGAUACACAACACGCAGAACGGGUCGCAGGAGAAGGAGAAACCGAGGACAGGCCCGAAGAAGUUCCAGAAGAAGACGAGGCAGGUGUUCCUGGUGCCCGAGGCGACGAGGCAGCUGAGAAAGGAGGAACGGUACCCGUGGGUGAUGGAGGAUUCGACGGGGAGGGAGGUGUGGGUGGGUCAGAUGGAGGAGGUGGCGAAGAGCGAGACGCAUGCUCUGCUCGUCCCGAGCGAGGGCAACCAGUUCAAGUUUGUCCCCGCCCAUCGAUGGUACAAGUUCCAAAAACGGCCGCACUACAAGAUCCCCGACUUGGAGGAGGCGGAAGCUUUGAUGUCGCAGAUACAGAAGAACAAAGACCCAGAACGUUGGCUGUUAGCGCGGCGUAACGGACAGGGACCUUCGUCCGCAACUGCGGCAGUGUUCAAGGCGGAAGCAGAAGGGCGAACGCUCGACGGCUCACUCGUCUAUAACUCUCAGUCCAGCCUGGGGCCAGGUGGCAGAAAACUACGAGCUGUGGACAGGGAGGACCCCACCUUAUUUGGGGGAGAUGACGAAGUGGAUGGUGAUCAUUGGAAGCGCAAGAGGGAUAAGGAGCUCGGCGGAGAAGGUGACUUGGAUGAGCUGGACUUUGAGGAGACCUUCGCCGAUGACGAGGAGAAAAUGGACGCCGACGAUAAGGAAGAUGAAGAGGCUAAAGAACUCGAGGAACGGCUCAAGCGCGAGUACAAAACUGCAAAUAAGACUCGGGAAGGCUAUGUCGACGAUUCAGACGAUGACAUCGAGGACCCAGCACUGAGGAAGCAAGUGAAAGACAUGAAGAAGCUUCUUGUUGGGCGUGAAGGCGCUGAGGACUACGAAAGCGACGAGGAAGGCAAUCCUUACGCCAGCGAGGACGAAGAGGAGGAGGAGGAAAAGAAGGAUGAGCCCAUCUCCACGAUGUCCACUGGACCCGCCGCCCAAGCCGAAGAAGAUGCUGCCAAGUCGCGGGCAGAGACGCCAGCGAGCAAACCGGACACUCCACGAGGUCGCAACGGGUCCUUGCCGAACUCACGCGCGACUUCGCCUGUCGGACAUGGCGGUCAUUCCAUCGUGGCGAAACGGGCUACGAGCCCGAAGGCGCCCAAGCUCAAGACAAAUGGCGGCAGUCGCGCCACGAGUCCGCUAGCGGGUUCGGCAAGCCGAGCAACGAGUCCUGUCGCGUCGGGUAGCCGUGCCGGCAGUCCGGUGGCGCAAAGCCCCAGCGGACCAAGACAGGGGAACAAGCGCAAGGCCGACGAUGGUGUAUCCGCUGCUCCGUCGCCAGGCGCCGGAGGCGGUGACGGCACAGGUGGACAGCCCAAGGCCAAGAAGCGCAAGGCGGUGGGCGAGCUCAACGAGCAGAUGGUAGUUGACUGGCUCAAAGCGACGCCUACGCCGAAGAUCCGCGACUGCAUCUCUCAUUUCACUCCGUACUUGAGCACGCCGGAGAUCAAGAAGAGGUUCACGCAGAUCGUGAAGGAGGUGGCGAGGGUCCGAGACGGGCAGAUGGUGCUCAAGCCGCGUUACGCUAACGGCAGUUCAGCGCCGUCGCCUUCUCCUGUUCCGGCCGAGGCGAGCUAGAGUGUGUUGAGGUGUUUCUGUCCGUGUAUUUUUAACGACUGUACUGUGCAAUGCGCUCGGUAGCCUAGUUAUAUCCAUUUGGGUCGUGCAUGGAAGGACGUGCGCGCCAAUCUGC